UACAGGUGGGCGACUGUUUCUGCUAAGUCAUCCUGGAGAUGCUCAAAGCCCCAUUGUGAGAGCCUUCCUGGCUCCUCCUUCCUCCCCACCCCUUUAAUAGACCCUUAAGUGGGCUCACGCCACUCUGCCUCUCACUCUGCACUUUCAGCAUGGCUUACAUUGCCAAGUCUUUCUACGACCUCAGUGCGAUCAGCCUGGAUGGGGAGAAGGUAGAUUUCAACACAUUCCGAGGCAGGGCAGUGCUCAUCGAGAAUGUGGCCUCACUCUGAGGCACAACCACCCGGGACUACACCCAGCUCAAUGAGCUGCAAUGCCGCUUUCCUAGGCGCCUGGUGGUUCUUGGCUUCCCUUGCAACCAAUUUGGACAUCAGGAGAACUGUCAGAAUGAGGAGAUCUUGAACAGUCUCAAGUACGUCCGCCCUGGGGGUGGAUUCCAGCCCACAUUUACCCUUGUCCAAAAGUGUGAUGUGAAUGGUCAGAACGAACAUCCUGUCUUCGCCUACCUGAAGGACAAGCUCCCCUACCCUUAUGAUGACCCGUUUUCUCUCAUGACGGAUCCCAAGUUCAUCAUUUGGAGCCCCGUACGCCGCUCAGAUGUGUCCUGGAACUUUGAGAAGUUCCUCAUCGGGCCGGAGGGGGAGCCCUUCCGACGCUACAGCCGCACCUUCCCGACCAUCAACAUCGAGCCCGACAUCAAGCGCCUCCUCAAAGUUGCCAUAUAACCCUGCGCCGCUCAGCCCACAGAUCUCUCACUUCAUCCUGCCCCUGAGUCUCUCUCCUUGGCCUUCAGUGUGCCCCAAGCAGACUCUGCUGGAUGCAGGCUUUCCCUUGAGAUCAGUCUCCUUCAUUGAACAGCCUUGCCUUUCUGGUCUGCCUUUUCCCUUCCCCCACCCCAACCUUCUGAUUGGUGAUUCAACCUGGGGUGGGUGGGCUCUAGGCCUUCACAGAAUGAUGGCACCUUCCUAAAUCCAUCUGGGAGGUGUCUGAGAAGUGUGAAGGGCCCGGGGCCUGCCUGCCAGCUGAGUCCAAUAAAGGGACAUGGCCAGGCUC